ACAGCCCCCAUAGUUCCUUGCAAAAUCUCACAGACUCAGUUGCUCUUAAAUGCAUUCAACUGGACAACAGCGCACACACGAGUUCAGUCGGGGAAGAAUUUAGAGGUUCACAAUGACCAGAGGUCCAGCUGUAAACUAGCUUGCUUUCAAUCAUUGUUAAUCCAUGGAAUGGAGCAAAGGUUGACAUUCUCUCAUACAUACAGUAUGAAAAUAGCUGCAGGUAGCACUUUACCACCAUGUUCGUCAUUGUGAAAGGUUUCCCUCUCACCCCCUCUGUAUAAUGUGUAACACUGGAUCCUCUGUGGAAGGGAAUAGUGCUAACAGGAAUCUCUACUUGUCUGCUUAGAACAUCUGAAUUGGAGGUUUAGGCCCUACUCUCUGGUUUCUAUAUGAAAAUUCCUAUAGCAAGCCUCUUCACUAUAGCAAUACCACUUAGUCAUUUGAUACAGUCAGAGGUAGACUUGGGACCCCAGUGUCCACUGUCAGGCCACUACCAUGGUGAACAAAGACGCUAUGGUGAGUGGGGACAAGGCUGUGGAGGAAGAGGCUGAACUGGACCUGAAGGAGACCUCCCCUGGAGAGCCUGACCCCGAGAUGGCUCUUCCCCCACCUGAGGACCCCUCAGACGGCCAGACCAAGACCGCCCGGACCUGGGAGUUGUCGGUGGUGUUCCUGUGUUUCUAUGGGUUUAUGGUGCAGCUGAAGCCUGGGGAGCCCUUUAUAACACCAAACCUGCUCAGCAUGGAGAAGAACUUCACCAGGGAACAGGUGACCAAUGAGAUCAACCCGAUCCUGUCCUACUCCUACAUGGCGGUGCUGGUGCCAGUCUUCCUCCUGACAGACGUCUUGCGUUACAAGCCCGUCCUGGUCCUCUCCAGCCUCAGCCACGUGGCCAUCUGGCUCCUCCUCCUCCUGGGCUCCUCCCUCUUAGAGAUGCAGUUCAUGGAGUUCUUCUACGGCAUCACCAUGGCAGCACGCGUGGCUUACUCCUCCUAUAUCUUCUCCCUGGUCACCCCAGAGCUCUACCAACGCGUGGCCAGCUACUCGCGCUCUUGCGUCCUCAUGGGGGUGUUUGCCAGCUCGGUGCUGGGCCAGGUGCUGAUAUCUGUAGGCAGGCUCUCCUUCGCCACGCUCAGUGCUGUCUCCUUGGCCUUGGUGUCCUUCGGCCUGGUGCUCUCCUGCUGCCUGCCCUGGCCCAAGAGGUCCUUGUUCUUCAACAGGGCCCACCACGCUGCCCAGAGGAACCUCCAGGAGCAGGCUGCCGCCCAGUCGGAGCUGGCCAGGAUGAAGCAGGGCGAAGCGGGCCUGGGUUCAGGUGACACACCCUCCCUGGCCCCUCUCAGCUCUGGUUCCUCCUGGAGGGACUCUGUGUUUAUUCAGAUGCUGAAGGAGCUGAGGAACGUGCCGCGGAGGCCCAGCCUGAGACUGUGGAGCCUGUGGUGGGUGUUCAACUCCGCUGGCUACUACCUGGUGCUGUUGUACGUCCAUGUCCUGUGGAACAAGGUGUACCCCGCCACGGAGAACAAACACGUCUACAACGGAGGGGUGGAGGCUGUCUCCACACUACUGGGUGCGAUCACGUCAUUUGCAGCGGGCUUCGUGAAGAUCCGCUGGAACGUGUGGUCUGAGCUGGUGAUCGGCAUCAUCACGGCUCUACAGGCUGGCCUGCUGCUCCUCAUGGGGACCACCAGCAACAUCUGGGUCUGCUAUGUGGCCUACUCCCUCUUCAAGGGUUUCUACCAGUUCCUCGUGCCCAUCGCCAUUUUCCAGAUUGCCUCGUCGCUCACCAAGGAGCUGUGUGCCCUGGUGUUUGGGGUCAACACUUUCCUGGCGACCGUUCUGAAGACCAUCAUCACCCUCAUCGUCUCUGACAAGAAGGGUCUGGGACUAGACGUGCACUCCCAGUUCCUGGUCUACUUCUUCUACUUUGCCUUGCUGACGGUUAUCUACCUGGGCUGUGCUGCCUGGGUCAUCAUUCGCCACUACAGGAACCAAUCGGCAGGAGGGGGAGGGGACACAGACCAGGCCACGCCCACUGAGCUAUGUUCCGUACCAUCAAACCCCUCAGAGACGGAACCUCUGUCCAAUGGGAACAACGUGAAGGCCUGAAAGGAAUAUUCUGGAAUGUUGGCAGUGAAGCCCUUUAUCUACUUCCCCAGAGUCAGAUUAACUCGUGGAGACCAUUUUUAUGUAUCUGCAUGCAGUUUGAAGGAAUUUGCUAACUAGCGUUAGCCAAAUUGCUAACUGCCGUUAGCGUAAUGACUGGAAGUCUAUCGGAACAGCUAGCAUGCAAGUUGUUCAUGUAGACUUCCUGUCAUUGCGCUAGCUAACGCUAGUUGGCAUUGGCUCGCGAAACUACCUCUAACUGCUUUCAUACUGGAUGCAGAGACAUAACAAUGGUAUCCAUGAGUUCAUCUGACUGUGUGGAAGUAGAUAAAGGGUCUCCUUGCCAUAAUCCUUAACUAACCCUUGAACAUUGUGUCAUCUUUACAUCAACACCUAAACCCCCUACACUGACUUUGAGUGGUCUAAACGGUCUGGGAAUCUCUCGCUACGGCUUCCACAGUUCACCAAAAGGAUGUUAUUAUGGAAUACUUUUUUUUUUUAAAGAAUUACAGGCAGGGCCCACCUACAUUACUACAAGAUAAAAAAAAGCUCACUCGAUCGAGCCUAAUGGUCUUGUAAACAGCGGUGGAAAAAGUACCAACUUGUCAUACUUGAUUAAAAGUAAAGAUCCCUUCAUAGAAAUGACUCAAGUAAAAGUCUAAAAGUAUUUGGUUUUAAAUAAACUUAAGUAUUAAAAAGUAAGAGUAUAAAUGAUUUCAAAUGACUUAUUAAGCAAAUCAGAUGGCACAAUUGCAUUUUUUCUUCAUCAGUAGCCAGGGGGACACUCCAACACUGAGACAUCAUUUGUGUUUAGUGAGUCCGCCAGAUCAGAGGCAGUAGGGAUGACCAGGGUUGUUCUCUUGAUAAGUGUGUGAAUUUGACCACUUUUCUGUCCUGCUAAGCAUUCAAAAUAUAAGUAUAAGUACUUUUGGGUGUCAGGGAAAAUGUAUGGAGUAAAAAGUACAUUAUUUCCUUUUAGGAAUGUAGUGACGUAAAAGUUGUCAAAAAUAUAAAUAGUAAAGUACAGAUACUUCUUAAGUAGUACUUAUUUUUAAGUACUUUACACCACUGCUUGUAAGUAGCAAUACAUGACCCUGUAUGUGGUACAAAUCACAUUGUGGGAGCACCUCUAAGAGAAUGAAUUAGGCUGUUUGGGAAGGUUUGCAUCCUAAGCAACCUGCCUCAACAUUGUUUUCGAAGUACAAUAGACCAGCAUAUAGCUACUGUAGUAGGUACAUUUAAGGAAUUUUCUUUUUUGGCUGUAGACCAAUCCCUACUUCUCACUCAAACAGUGUUUUGUUUUUAAUAGUCAGAGUUUGGGCCUAGUUGUCAGCCUAAUGUUCUCAGAGAGACUGUUGACAUGUACUAUGUAGUGGCUGCUUUGCUCUUCUUAUCCCAGAAACAUCCCAAAUGGUGUUUUCCACUGUUGAUUAUGUUCAGAGUUUUCCAAAUACAGGGUAAUCAUAUUUUCCCUGAUGUUAAAGCAUGUUUGUUUUCGUAACUCUGACUGAGAAAAUAAUUAUCUCAAUUAGAGGGGACCAAUAGGAAAUGAUCUACAGAAACAGUCUAACUAAUUCUACUUCUUCUACUGAUGGAACAAUAGCCUGUUAUAUUCAGCAAAUGAUUCACUGUUUGCGAUCAUUAGGAAUUCUCGACAAUUGCUGCAAUUGUAUUGAUUAGCGAAAACCAUAUUUUGGAAUCUGUGUGUGUAUUGUUAGCUGUACAGAAGUCCUCCAGUGAGAGAGGUGUGCCCCACAGGAUCAUGAUUACUAUGUGAUUACAUUAGCAUUGCUUUAGAUUAAUGCAUUUUUAAGGAUGCAUUUUUGGGCUGCUGAAUCUUCCUGAAGAUUUUUAUUUGAAGAGUGAAAAUAUUUUCUAAAUGAAGCCCUUUGUGUGUAUGUUCACUACACUCCCAUUGUCUUAGGUUUAAUCAGCGAUUGCUUGUGAACAAAGCAGAUGCCAAUUGUUUUAGGGCCUUCAAACUAACCAUGUCAGUGGAUUUUUUUGAUUUCACCUUUAUUUAACCAGGUAGGCCAGUUGAGAACAAGUUAUGCUUGCUGCCAGUGAGUAAUUCAAUGCACCUUGUGUCAGGAAGUGUUUUAGCUACCAUUUUGUGUAUAGUUUUGCUUACGGGAGGGUGGGGUAAGUUGAGCCAAUUUUACGUUCAGCAUCACUAGGAGAUCUAUUGUAUUCUUUCUAACAAAGAUAUCUACAUAUAUUUCAGGAUGUUGUGCAUCCCUGGAAAUAAUCAAAAUUCAUGUAAACUUUACAGUUUUGAAAACAUAGGUUGUCUGGGGAAAAAAAGUGGUCUCUUGGCACAAUUUACCCCGAGAUUCGGGUAAAUUGAGCCACGGAAUAGGGCAAGUUAAGCCGCAUAGAAAUGUCUCUACUGAAUGAAAUAUUACCAAUACCUUUUUAAAAUAAUAUCUAUCUUUAUUUCCUGAACACAAUUGCUUUUUCUUUUUAAUCAUUUUAAGCACCUUUUUAACACAGGCUCCUAACAAACACUUUGUACUUCAUAUAUAUAUAUUUUUAACAUUGGCCAGGCCCUGUUACCUCAUAUCCCAGCGACAAUGCCUUGCAUUAUGCCUGGCAAGAAAACACUUCAAUUGGCUCAACUUUUACCCCAAGGCAAACAUUUGGAUUAUAUUAGCACACACAGAUACAAUAAUUUCAUGCUUAUGUAUAGAAUAAUAUUAAAAUGAUCUACUUUGCUUUAGAUACAAGCAUCAUGAAACCUCUAUAACAGAAAAUAAUUUGACUUGGUGAAAAUCUUAUUUUCUUUUCUUUUUUACUUAACUUUUUUCAUGUGGUUUCUUCCUUCAGACUCAAUGAAAUGAUGACCCUCUUCCUAGAUAUUUGGUCAAAUUCUAACAUUUUGUAUAUGGUUUCCUAGAAACAAGGGUGGCUCAACCUUCCCCACUCUCCCCUAUUUUUGUUUAAAUGUUUUCAUGCCGAUUUGUAUUUUCUCCCCCAGCAGUGCUAAUCAUACGUUCAUUGUCAUCUUUUGUAAUAGGAAGCCCACAUGAAUGUGAAUGUGUAAACUGGAGUAUAGUUGUUAUGAACUACUGCAAAUGAGUUUUGAGGAUUUAGCAAUGAGCUGGCAGACCUUUAUUUCUGCAUGUUAUUUUCCAGAAUUUUCGAAUGAGCUAUUUUGUAUUGUUUAAAUGCAGGGGUUCUCAAAUGUUUUUGCUUCGUGACCCACCAAUUGAGCUGUGUUCUGAGUCUCCACCCACCAUAAGGGUUGAGUGGUAAAAAACAAACAUACACAGACCAAAGCAUAAAUACAAAAUAUGAUCUUGGCAGUGGACACUAUUUUGCCGUUUCAAAGCUAAUCCCCUGCAAUUCCACAUCCUGCCAUGGAGCUGAAAAAUCAUUUUUGCAAUUUUAAAACCAAUUUCCUGCAGUUCUAUGCAUUUUGCCAUGGAGCUGAAAUUUUGUUUGCUUUUAAGCAAAUUUCAUACAAUUCUAUGUAUUUUGACAUGGUUGGUGUUCUUCUGCACCAACAUAACAUCAGUGGAGCCUGAUUGUCUAGCUUUUAUUUGUUGAUUGUAAAUUCUCAGAUUAUAGGAUAUUAUUGAAAAAUGUAUAGGUCCGUUCUCUUUUCUGCAUCCCAUCCCAGUUUGAGAACUACUGUUUUAAUGGAACAAUUUAUUUAUCUGUGCAUAAGAGUGAAAUUGGGUUUUCUUAAAUGUUUGUCACAGGAAAUAAAAUGCAAAAUGAAGUUGAAAAAUGUAAAUAUCUUUUAGGCCUAUAUGUUUAUUCUUUGGAAUCUGACAACUCGAGGAACUCAUAUCUGGUGUACCCUUUACAUUCUAAAUGUGUUUAUACCACACUCAAAGUACACCCAUAAAUGCAGAUCACACCUAACCAAUAAUUUUUUAUUGAAGUUGCCUUUAGUUUAAUUUAAUUGCUGUGCAUAGGAAGUGGUUUGCUGAAUUCCUGUCCCCUUGAGUAAUCUUAGGACCAUCUUACUACAAAACUGAGAAAUCAUGUCAGAAUAUAGACUAUAGUAGUUGAGUGCCUAUUAAUUACAUGUAGGGUGGAUAAAAGAUGUGUGUGAACAAUACAAGCACUUCACUUGAGAACGCUAUGCAACUUGAACUUUGCACUAUUCUCUAAUUGAUUUAAAAGGUCAUAUCUCAAGGUAGGUUUCAGCCUAUAGUGAUGAGGUUGUAGAGUAUACAAUGAUCAUAUUGUAUAUGGUCAUAUGGUCAUAUGGCCUCAAACAAAUACAAAGGUAUGAGAUUAAUUGCACCUUAUGGUCUAUAUGCCGUGCAGUAUACUAGCCAAUGAGUUCAGUAUAGGAUAAGAUUUGUAACGUUAACUGUCAGAAUUGUUCAUGUUUAUUGUCACACUGACUUCAAUCAAUGCCGAAAAUAUACACUUUGGGUGAAUGACUGUGAACCUAUUUUGUUGCUGUAAAAAAAACUGGCUUAUGUCAACAUUUUAUUUUUGAUUUACAAAUAAAUCAGUUUGGAAAAACAA